UAUUCAGAUCAAAAGAUGUCCUCCAUGACCGAUCGUGCUGUUGAUGUUGCUCAAAAUGUUGCCAAGACUGUGGAGCCAUAUGUCCCCACUAUCGCCAAGGAUGCUGCUACCUAUGCUGUCAGUACUGCUUCUUCAGCAGCGACUCUUGCAACUAGCACCGCUACCUCGGCAUACAACUUUGCUACUGGCACUGCAUCAUCUGCCUAUUGCUAUGCUUCGCAGACUGUCAAGGUGGUCGUCACUGGUGCUACAACCACUAUUACCACCUAUACUCCCGGCCCUGUUCUCAAUGCUGUCACCUCGGCCAUUGAUGGUGCAAAGGCCAUUAGUCAAGAUCCAGUUGGCUCUGUCAAGUCACAUGUUCCUGUGAUGGUAAUUCAUGCUGGCGAAAAAACCUACGAGAUCAUACAUCCUACCUUUGACCGUGCUGCCCAGAGUGUUACUGCCGCAACUGGCUUUGUUGUCACCAAGGUCAACGGAACUGUCGAGUACAUCACUGCUGUUCCUGCUGUGCAUUCUUUAAUUGAGCAGAUUAAUAAGCUUACCGCACCGGUUCUGUCUCGAUUUGGUGUAAACAAGGGUGAAAACGGCGAGGUGGAGGCUGAGGGCAUUGUUGGAGAAGUUCCUGUAGUCUCCGCAGCUCCAGAGAUCCCAGAACCUGUUACCAAGGGCUAUUAGACUAAUUUGUUGCCAACCACUUACUCUUUCUCAAUAUAUCAAUAUAUAUAUGCUGGCUCAUCAUAAACUCGCCUUUUAAACAUUACGAUCCUUUGUUAUUCUUUACAGCCGUAUUCACGUAAAAUAAAUCACUUGUAUUUAUCUUGCAUCCAGUCUCUCGGCUCCAGAAUAAACAAUGAUCAAAUAUUCGUUAUC